AUGAUAACAGAGACUUGGGACGUAGUUGUCGUUCAUAUUUUAAUCGUUUGCUUGCGUCUUUGUAUAAGACAUUUGGAAAUAUUGUGUUCUGCAAAAUCAAAUCUUGACAAUAAUUUAUUGACCAGAAACGAUGAAGUUAUAAAAGUGGUUCAAUCUUCCAUAACAUCUUCAUCAAACACUGACCUAGAUUUAACAGCAUUUGCAACGGACGAUCAAUUACAAAAAUGGUUUGAAACUUUGCUAAAACUGGCGUGUAUUGACGAUGGAAAACCUGAGCAAGUGAUCAUAUGUCGUCAAGCGUCAAAGGCUCUUCUUUACAUUUUCGAUGUAAGAACAUCAUCAUUUAUAGAAAAAUUAUCAUUUAUUCACAAGCAUAUAAUGGAAAAUAAACAUUCAGUGUUUGUAGAACAAUUAUGCAAAGAAUUGACAAAAAAUAUUGUCUUACUAAGCUGGAUCGAAACUUUAUGUAAAGGCAAUGCCGACGAGUCAGAAAAGAAUACAGCAUUUAAAAUACUUUAUUCAUUUAUCGAUAGCUGCUUCAAACCAUCGAAUGAAAUAAAAAAUGAGCAACAACAGCAAUUCAAACGAAUACUGAUAGUAUUUCAACAACUUUUAUUAGUACGGUUAGUAUCAGAAUCUAAAUUGAAAGCAAAUCGAAACAAAGAGUUUGAUAAAGGAAUUCCUACAACUACUGUUUCAAGUACUGUAUCAUCCUUGGUAGUUAAGUAUAUAACUCACAUAUUAAAUAAUUAUGUCGAUAAACUAAUAACUAUGAACGAUUUGUUCAAUCCAAUGCUUGCAGGUUUGUGUCUGAUGACAAAAACGAAUGAGAUAUUUGACUUUGAAAUAAUUCAACCGAUAUUUACAACUACUAUGCCAAUGCUAGUAGAAUAUGUAGUUCAAAAUGCAAAUGAUGAAACAUGUGAAAACAAUAAUCUUCAUUGUAUUUGUUGGCUGUUAGGUAAAAUGUGUAAUGCCAUGAUUGCUGGGUCACAACUGAACUUAGUAGAAAGGAAACAUGCUGAUAAGUUAAAGUCAUCCUUGUUUACCGGCGGUUGUGAAAGAAUAAUAAUAGAAAACAAUAAAUAUCUAUUGAAUUUAUUCGAAUCACCUUUGGCUACUUACAUUCAAUUUAAAUUUACUGAUGGAAUUGAACAGUCAUGUUUUGAUCGUGAUUUUCUCAUGUCAAUUUACAAUAAUACUAAUCAAGGUGAACAAUUGAUAGCGAAAAUGAAGGAACAUAUAAAAGAUAGACAACGUUUAUUACAAAAAUCAAUUGAACAACAAGCAAAUGAUGCGGUUGCUGCUGUAUUUGCUGUUUAUAUUAAACAUUAUCGGCGAAUUAAUUUAGCUAAACAUGAACUAUCUCAAAUGGAUAAUAAAAAACCGCCCGACAAACUUUCAUCAAUCUAUGAAUAUGCCAGUCAUGUUCAGACAUUGUUUGCCACAACAAAAUCACAAGGUGGUGACUGUAAUGAACUUUACAAACAGAUAAAAACGAAUGCAUUAUUUCUGUUAUCAUCCGUUCAAGAAAGUAAUUCCAUACCGAUAAUCGAUGAAGAUCUUCUACAAUCAACAACAAGUACACAAAUAUUGACACCAGUAGAACACAAAACAAAACCGUCAUUUAACCGACAAGUCUCACGAUGGACAACGGCGAAACGCGUCUUGCAAUUGCUUCGAAAUACAAUGAAUGCUUGUAUACGAUUUAAAAAAUUGAUGAUAGCCAAGAGACAAGCUAUUAGACAAAAAUCAGACAAUGAAAGUAUCUUGAAUCGAACAAUUGAUGCUUAUAUUUAUGGUGAUCUUUACAAAACGAUGAUAAGUGAAGAAAAACAAUUGGAAUCGAACGAACUUAUUCAGUGUAUGUCACGACAAUAUGAACGAGCAAUGACAAGAAUGAUAACGUAUCAAUUUGUUGAAAUGUUUAUUCAGAAAGUAUUCAAUAUUGAAGAUCAAAAUCUAUCACUAACUAUCUUGUCUAUUUAUUUACCAUGUUUGAAAAAUACAACAUUGGAAUGGUCCUAUUUGGAAAAUAUUGAAGCAUCAACUUGUAAUUUGAAAGAGAAGAUUAGAAAUAGUUAUUAUUCUAUAAUCAAAGUUAUUCUGUCCUAUGUAUUACGAUUGGCCACAUCUAAAACAAAGUUCUUAUGGAGUAAUAUGUUCAAUUUGCUUAACUUAUCAUAUGAAUUAGUUGACAUUGAUUAUCUGUAUCGUGAUCAAUUUGUGCAAACAUUAUUCACAUUUUUUGUUAGCUUUGUUGAAAAAUCAGAUUACAACGUUGGAUUGUAUAGAAAAUUGAUUGGAUAUAAUUGGUUUCGAUUGUUCGUAUUGAAAUUAUGUGAAAAUAUCGAAUUGGCAGAAGGUAAAGAUGCGAUCAAUAAAUUUUUAAACCGACAACAAGAAUUUGUUUUCAAUACUUUAAUUUUAAACGAACUGAAAGGAUUGACACAAAUGGUACCAAUUGAUACAGAAAAUGAAACUACUUGUGUUUUAAAUUGCAAAACAAAUUCAUUAGAUAAUAUUGCCAUUGGUUGGUUCAUUAAAAUAGCCACAAAAACUGAAGAUGAUACAUCAUAUGUUUCAAAUAGUCUAUCAUCGAAAUUCGAUAUUGAACUCUGUAUAAAUCAAUGGUUAAUACUUCUGCUUCGUCUUGUUCAUUUUUAUGAACAUGUUCAAUCUGUCUGUGCAACGAUUGAUUACAUUGAAAAUUUACUGUACAUUUAUCGCAACUAUCAAAAUAGUGUUACUGGUUUUCUCUCAUUGAAAAUUCUACGUUACCUGAUACCAAAGCAUGCAAACAGAGAGUCAACGAGUGUUAUUGAGAACUUUUUGACCGAGAUUCUAUUUUGCAUUGGAAAUAAUGUCACUUUGCAACAGAUUCCAUCAUACAUUAUUACUGAACUAAUCUCCUUAUAUCGUAUAGUAAUGUCUGUAAAAUCAUCAUGGCAAAUAAUGGCAACAGAGUUAAUAUUCAAUACUAUCACAUCAAGUAAAGAAAAUUUUCAUUUGAAAUCACUCGAAACUGGUGACAUAACCGAAAUCAAUGGCUUGGUUGCAUCUCUAUGUAUAUUGGGUGGAUAUAUUCAAUUUUAUUGUUUAGGUUCAAUUGUAAAAAUGUAUACUGAUGAAGAGAGUAAUGAAUUCCAAUUAGCAACUAUCAUAGAAAUUGACACAAACGCUAGUGAUUCAGAAUCGUCCGAUACAUCAACUUAUUUGAUUCAAUAUCUAGAAACAGAGAGAAUUGAAUCGGUGACGAUUGAUAAACUGCAAAUCGAAAUUGAUGUUCCACCACCAAAUCUACUCUUAUUAUCAAAUGUAAACGAAAUGAAUGCAGCUAUACAUGCACUUUUCGAUGCAUUAGCAUAUUUCAUACAAAUCGAUACAUCAAUAAAUGAAUCUAUACCGUUAUUACAACUGAAACGUCGUUCAGUAGCCGUUCUAUAUUAUAUACUGAAUGAUAAAAUCCUCGUCAACAUUUUCAUGCAAAAACCAUAUGCAUCCGUUAUUGCCAAAUUAUCCAUAUCUGAUUCAUUAUCGAAAAAUUGUCGGCAUCUAUCUGAUUUACAGCUAUUGACUAGACAACAUUUGGAACAGUAUUGUUUAAGUUUAGAUACGUGUCGAAACUCAAAUGAAAUCGUGCCCAACGAUGAUGGUAAUAACAGUCAACUGUUGCAUGAUGUUGUAGUUGUAAAUAGUAAACAUAAAUUUUCGUCAUACGUUUGGAACAAUGAUCAAAUUAGUCGUAAUCAAUUGAUUGUUAACGCUCUAUCAACGAGCGUAUUUAAAUAUAAUGGUUGGAAACCAUAUGCAUCAGAUAUUGAAAUUGAAUCAUUUAAAAGAGGUCUAAUCGGAAGUAGUGAACCUUCAAUUGUUCCAAUGCCACUCGACACUAGUGACUCAAGGGUAUUCGAAGGGUGCGGUAAUAAUCAUAAAUUCAAAGGACGAAUUUCUCCGAGUAGAGAAAACACAAAUGGAUCAUUUCCAACGUACGUUGUUGACAAUGUACAAGUGAGUGAAGGUAAAUGGUAUUAUUGUGUUAAAGUACUAGUCAGUGGCGUUAUUCAAAUCGGAUGGGCAACAAAUGGAUUUGCACCAUCUCCAGAUGAAGGUCGUGGAAUAGGUGAUGAUAAAUACUCUUGGUCAUACGAUGGAUCACGGGGUACUCUUUACAAUGAUGGAGAAUUUCAUUUUACUUCUGACGAUAUUCGUUGGAAAGCUAAUGAUAUUUGUGGCUGUGGUAUUGAAAUUGAUGGUGAGAAUAUUUGUAUCAAAUACUGGCUCAAUGGAAAUUACCUUGGUGUUGCUUUUGACCAUCGAUCAAAUAUCGCAUCGACAACGACAAAAUGUAACAUGCUACCAAAUGGACAGCAGGGUACCACCUAUUUUCCUGGUGUUACUUUACAAAUACGUUCUUUUUGUAGAACUCGUUGUGAACUAAUUUUUAGUCCAGAAGACAUGACGACAUGUCCAUUACCAAAAGGUUACAAGCCAUUACUACUGCCAAAAUUGAUCAAUUUGGAAAAUUCUCUUGUCGCUUAUCCUUACAGUGCUUAUUUGAUUGAUGAUCAGAUUCAAAAUAAUUUUCAUACACUACGAAGUGCAACAUCGACAACUUUUUUGCGUGAUUUUGUAAGCGAACAUCAUCUUGAAACAACAUUCACCAUGGAUGAUUAUCAACUAGUAUUACCAGAAAAUAGUAAUGGUUUACCACUUUCGAUCGAUAAUCAUGCAUCAUCAUUGACAAUCAGUUUUGAUUUUAAAAUUUUAAGAAAAGUUGAAAACGACGCUGACAAAAUAUUGGAUAUUUUGUUAAUUACACUAGAGACUACGGAAAUAUUCUCAGUGCAAAUCUCGAUAAGCAAACUCGAAAACGAAAUACGAACUGCAAUCGUAUUCGAUACGAACGAACGACAAUUGAUAAUCUACUUCGGUAAUGAAUGUCGAAAAUUUCAUGUUACUUGUGAAAUUUCAAAUAUGGCGAAACUCAAUUUUCAUAUUUUACCCAAUAUUGCUGUCGGAAUAAAAAAUCUCGGCAUGUGGAAAUAUGCUCUUUCGGAAGAACAUAUUCGACGUCUAUUCACUUAUGGCUUAUUCUAUGUAGCGAUCGAUUAUCAACAGUUGAAAGAACAUCGAAAGCAAGCGAACACUAUCACAUUCAGUAAGAACCAACAACGAUUUUUGAGCCAAGCACUUGUUCUGUUUAAUGAACCAUUCGAUGAGAACAUAUGGGAGAAAAAGAAGAAACAAGUUGACGUUGAUGAAUCAAAAUAUUUUAGAACAAUUGCCGGAACUGAUGAAUCCGUUGUACAAUUAUUUGGUAACAAAACUUAUCUCGUUCUGGAUAAGUCAGCUGAUCAAUGGUACGAAUAUACACUUAUUCUCGACAUUUGCAUACCUAAUUGGCCGAUGAAUAACGAACAAUUGACACUACUGACAUUAGAUACACAAUCACAAAUUUAUAUUACACAUAAUGGUAAAAUUGUUCUAUCUAGUAAUGGAAUACAAAGUAAAAGUGAUUCGGCAUUAAAAUUAAAUGAAUAUAUUCGUUUGCAUAUAUCGUUUCAAAAGAAAUUUGUGAAAAUCUACGUGAACGGGUUGUUGGAACUGAGCAUCAAUCGUGAUAAAGAUCAGUUUAUUGCAAAAACCAAACGGUUUGAUCUGUUUCGAGAAGUGAAUUUAGCAAAGAAUACUACCAGCGAUGACACACUUCGAAUCGAAUGUAAAUCAAUCACAUUUCUAAACGAUUCAAUAGCAGAUGCGGAUAAUAGGAAAGAAAUAAAAUCGACAAAAUAUCUAUUAGAAACUCUGAUUGCACCUCCUUUCUCUGUUGUUGCGUUAAAUUUAGUUGCCAUUGGAUAUAAAGAAUCAUGGAUAAAAAACACUAUGAAACAAUACAAUACGAGUAAUAUUCAAUUGAUUGAUACAAUUAUACGCGAGAAAAAAGAAGAAUUCCUGAAGAACGAAGCUCAGAAUCGACAAAAACGUUAUUUCAAUAUUUUGUCAAGAUUAAAUCCCUCGAUCGAUAGAGAAAAAAUGGAAGAUCUGCUCAUGUUCUCAACAUUCGAUACUGACGAACAAGUAACAACUGCUUAUGAACUCAUGCUACUUCAUUAUCACGAUCUACAGAUAUCGAAAUCUUCGUUGAAGACGGAUGAAAUAAAAGAAAAUGCUACGAAUUCAAAUGAGAAUGAAUCAUUAUUUUCGAGCAGGAAAUGGUACUACGAAACUAUUCGUGACUUGGGUGUCAAUGAUAGUUUAGACGAAUGGAUUCAAGGCAAAACAAUAAUGAUUCAAGCAGAAGAUCUCACUAAUCAGUUGUUCGAUGCGACAAAAUCUGAACAAGAACUAACAACAAUGACAUCAGUGGUUGAAGGUCAACAAAAAAAGAUUAAAAAAUCAAUUAAUUAUUCACAUCAACAAAUUUCACAACAAAAAUCUAUGGACUUGCGUAUCGCCUGUGAACACGGAUUGGCAAUGAUCUACGCACGUUGUACUGUAUUUAAUAUGUUAAAAGUUUGGUCAGAUCAUAGUUCAAAUAAAUUUCCAUGGGAAAAACUUGGUGAUUCUGCAUUCAUAACUACACUAUUACAGUUGAUGGAUUACAAUUACACCUAUACAAAUAGGAAUACAGAUGAAAAUGUUAAUAUCAUGAGCUUAUUAACGAAUUCGAUUCUUAAAGCUGAAAUAAAAGAGUUAUUAAAAUAUACUAACAAACACAAUGAACUUAAUGGUGAAAUUUUACAUAACGAAGCUCCCUUAAUCUAUGAGUUGCAAAAGAAUAUUACUAUCCAAUCGAUCCGAUUUUUGUUUGAUCCAUCAUUAUUACUGUACGAUUGUGAUAAUGAGGCAAAAAUCAUCGACGAACGAACACUAAUCGAACGAUCCAGCUUGAAUUUUGUUGUCAAAAUAUUGAAACUAUUUGUUGAAUUGGCAACUGAUAAAUCGACGAUGAAACAUCGUGAUAUCGAUUCACUUAUUUCAGUUCUAUUUCCUGUAACAUUAAUUAAUCUGUUGUUCGAUCUAUUUUUGAUUAGUCCAACGAACCAAUUGAAAAUAUUCAUUUUACAUCUCUUUUCCACGUAA